AUGGACAUACUGAACAUUCUCAAGCACCAGUUGGAAGUAGUGGACGACUCGGUUUCUACCAAACAGUUAAUAGAUCAGUUGGUAUCAACAGGAAGUCCGGAACAACCGGUUCGUCUGGUUGAACUUGACAACGUGGUUAAACGUCACUGCGAGUGGUUGCAUCAUCUUCCCCGGGUGCAUCCAUUCUACAAUGUUCAGUGCAACGAUGACAGCCGAAUUUUGGGCACGGCGGUGCUGCUCGAUUGUGGUUUUGUUUGUGCUUCUCGAGCUGAAAUUGGGAAGAUACUUAGUCUAGGCGUUGAUCCAAACUGGAUUAUUCUGAGUCAGCCAGAGAUUAGUGUGGAGUUGCUGAAAUUUGCAAGAAGAAAGAGUGUUAAAUUGAUGGUGGAUAGUGAGGACGAGCUUCAUCAAAUUCAACAGUACUACCCUGAGGCUGAAAUUUUAAUCAGAUUCAAUUUCAAAUCGACCCAAGCUACUGAUGUCGAUAACUACGAUCCAGAUCGGAAAUGUCAAAGGUUACUGAACCUGUCCAGAGAACUCGCGCUGAACGUAAUUGGAUGGUGUUGGAGCAACAUUGAACCUGACUGCUCAAAUUACAGCAUCCUCUACGAUGUACUCCGAAAAGGACGAGAAAUCGUUGACUAUGCCAUGAUUCUAGGAUUCAGCUUCAGACUUUUCAGUAUUGGUGGUGGUUUUGCUGGUGGGAAGGACGCCAAUGUCGACCAGUUCGCAGUACACAUUAACCAAGGCUUGGACGAGUUCUUUCCGGAAAGAGAUGGCCUUACGUUCAUUGCUGAUACGGGCAAACUAUAUAGUGCAGCUGCUGUGACAGUUGUUACCGCAAUCUGCGAUAAGCAGAUUUUCCAAAACCCGAAGCUACCGGCACAAAUUGAACGAAUCUUUUACUACUUGAACUAUCGAGUCAGAGCUGGAGAUUCUAAAGAAGGGGUCAAGCCACUUGUUUGGAAAAGCCUUCGCAACUGUCGUGCGAUGUGCAAAGCGGACGUGUUUGGUCCAGUAGGUGAUGGAUUCGUGUGUUUGGAAAGGGAUAUGGUGCUUCCAGAACUAAACGUGUCAGAUUUUCUCGUUUUCGAGGAUCAAGGUUGUUCUUUGCGAGGGGUUUCGGUACGGCUCGAUGAAGGAAGCUCUCCCACAAGUGUGGUGGUUAUCCGCAGGACUAUGUGGGAAUAUUUGAGGUUAUUUGCAAAUACAAGUCAUCCUAGACAGCUAAUAGAAGGAUCCAAAUAUCUGCAGAAGGAGUGGAAGAUUGAUAAGUUAAUCUACGAGUAAACUAAUUUACCUUUCCUGUAAUUAAUUGUAUUACAGUCGUCAACGAAGUAUCACUCUGACCAAAAGUCAACAAAUUAUUAGUUAAUAUUUUUCUAGUUAAAAAUUAGAACACCAGAACUUUACACCAACAGAGCUUCUGAAAA